AUGUCCAAUCACAUAACAACCGGCAUCACAAAGUCAUGGUAUAGCCAGGUCAACAUCGACCUACUCGCCCACAUCCUCCACCGCAGCAUCUUCCACCCCUUCAUCGCGUGGUUGAUACCCUUAUGCCAGCGCGCUGUAGGCGCACCAGCGCACAGCUUCAAUGUCUACGCCACCUGCAUCUAUGCCUCGAUAAUCACUCUGCUAUGGGUGUUAAGCUACUUGGAUAAGCGGUUAGCGAACGGCCCGCCGCGAGAGCUGGACUGGAACGAAGAAGUCGUAGUGAUUACGGGUGGAGCCGGCGGGUUGGGCAAGAUCCUGGCCGAGAUCUAUGGCAUGAGGGGCGCCAGCGUCGCCAUCCUCGAUAUCCAGCAACUCGAGAAGGAGAGUGAAGGUCUCGCGGGUGUGGAGUUCUACCACUGCGACGUCGGCAACUCUGACGCCGUGGAAAGAGCGAGAGGACAGAUAGAGAAGGAUGUAGUCUCUUUCUUCCUCCCACAGCUCGGCGUCCCAACCAUCCUCAUCAACAACGCCGGCAUCGUCCACGGCAAACCCCUCCUCUCCCUCUCCCCAACCGAAGUCCAGAAGACAUUCAGCGUAAACACCCUUUCCCACUUCCACGCCCUCCGCACUUUCCUCCCAGGCAUGUUAGCCUCAGCGCACGGCGGCACGAUCGUAACCAUCUCCUCCGUCCUCGGCAAACUGGGGGCGAGCCAUCUGAGCGAUUAUACUGCGUCGAAAGCCGCGCUGAUCGCUAUGCACACCUCGUUGCGGGCCGAACUAACCUCAUCGGCUGCGCCAAAGGGCGCGGAGAACGUACGCACGAUUCUCGUCACGCCGGGACAGCUGUCAACAAGUUUGUUUGAGGGCUUGGAGACGCCUAACUCAUUCCUUGGACCUGUUGUUGAGCCUGUUGAGCUGGCGAGGGAGAUUGUGAGGAUGGUCGACAGUGGGCAGAGUGGUGAGAUUAGUCUGCCGCUUUAUGCGCGGUAUAUUGACCUCUUGCAUGUUCUGCCGCCGGGAGUACAGACGCUUGUACGACGGCUGAGCGGUGUUGAUUCGGCGAUGGAGAGCUUGAAAUCCAAGAAAGGCGAACCUCCGGCGCAGAAAGCGAAUGGUAACAGCGCAGACGGGAAGGCCUCGUAGUCUUUUGGUACCGUGACCUGAAACGUACUACUGAUCAUAUACGAUCUUGGCGAAGAGCGGCGUGGCAGAGGAGAGUCAUAUUGGUACACUGUCUAUACAGAUCUAGUCAUACCCACCGCUUCGCAUGCACCAAUGCCAUGCUUUGUUCCAUGUAGAGCGCCAU